CCUCCAAAACAGCCAUGGAAUUCCACUGAAAUCAAACCACAAGCUCCUCCUCCCCCUUCAACUUUCUUCAACUUGAACCAGAAAAACAAUGUCACUGUGCUUCUCCUCCCUUGUAUUCAAUCUCCAUCCCGCAAAGAACCAAAGCUUCAUAUCCCGUUUCUCUUCUCAGUUCACCCACCAAACCAGCAAGAUAUAUUGAAACCCAUAUCAGCUACAUCGAACCCAGUUGCUGAAAUCACCAAUCCACCAUCGUUCCGCGGCAAAAACCCAAAAGACAUCAACAUUUUGGUGGUGGGUGCAACUGGGUACAUUGGGAAAUUUGUAGUUAAGGAGUUGGUUAACAGAGAGUUCAAUGUUAUAGCCAUUGCUAGGGAGAAUAGUGGAAUUCGGGGUAAAGUUAGCAAGGAUGAGACUCUGAAAGAGUUGAAAGGUGCAAAUGUGUGCUUUUCGGAUGUGACCGAUUUGGGUGUUUUCGAGAAAUGUUUGGAAGAUUUGGGGAUUUCGAUUGAUGUUGUUGUUUCAUGCCUUGCUAGCCGUUCUGGGGGUGUGAAGGACUCUUGGAAGAUUGAUUACGAGGCUACGAAAAACAGUCUUGUCGCCAGUAGGAAGCGUGGGGCUUCACAUUUUGUGUUGCUUUCUGCAAUUUGUGUGCAGAAGCCCCUCCUUGAGUUCCAGCGUGCAAAGCUGAAAUUCGAGUCAGAGUUAAUCAAAGAAGCAGAGGAGGAUAAUGGGUUUAGUUAUAGCAUUGUAAGGCCGACGGCCUUUUUUAAGAGCUUGGGUGGUCAGGUUGAGUUGGUGAAAGAUGGCAAGCCUUAUGUGAUGUUUGGAGAUGGGAAGUUGUGUGCUUGCAAGCCAAUCAGCGAGGCAGAUUUGGCUUCAUUUAUUGCGGAUUGUGUGUUGAGUGAGAACAAGAUUAACCAGAUUUUGCCUAUCGGAGGACCAGGUAAGGCAUUGACGCCCUUGGAGCAAGGGGAGUUGCUGUUUAGGCUUGUGGGAAGGGAUCCCAAGUUCUUGAAGGUGCCCAUUGAAAUUAUGGACUUUGCUAUUGGGGUUCUCGAUUUCCUUGUAAAGGUAUUUCCUUCAAUGGAAGAUACUGCUGAGUUCGGGAAGAUUGGAAGGUAUUAUGCAGCUGAGAGUAUGUUGGUUUUGGAUCCUGAGACCGGAGAAUACAAUGCUGAGAAAACGCCGAGUUAUGGCAAAGACACAUUGGAAGAAUUCUUUGAGACUGUGCUGAGGGAGGGGAUGGCCGGUCAGGAAUUAGGCGAACAAACGAUUUUCUAAGAAUUUGUGGCGUGAUUAGAAAAUUUGUACAUUCAGUUUCUCAGUUGGUUGAACAAGUUUUGUGCAAUAGUCUGCUUUCGGGUAUGCAGUUUCUCAUCUGUACACCAACUGUGUUUCAUAUCGGUGACAAGCUAUUCAUUUUUCUAGCAUUGUUGUGAGAUACUUAACUGAUACUUCAGUUGCAUCAAUAUAUCAUCAGAUUGGUUGCUUAA